CUGCUGAGAAAAUGAAGCUUAUAAACUGUGACUACCUGGUAGAAUCAUGUGUUACCACUUUACAAUGAAAAAGUAAUUGAGGCCUUUGUUCCUUUUUAUCGGGCUGCUGCUGUUUGAAGUGUGGUCCGGGUGAACUGCACAGCAAAGAUUCUUCAGACAUCAAAUCUUUGUCUGUCUUUUGGCUAUAAACAACCGAACAAGUUCGGGUAAAAUCACUAUUCAAAAUUUGGGACAGAAAGUAAAAGUUGGAUUCCCAUUUCCACUCAAGAGUUGCGAGCGUCAAAUAAAUGAUUUCUUUGACUGGCAGCGAGGCAUUAUGGCCCGAGAGCUACUAAUCCAAUCUAAGGAGUAUGUUUAUGAGUUCAACUUUAUUAUUAUUGUUCGUUAUUUUUUUUCUAAUAAUGUAUAUGAAAAAAUAAAUUUAAAACCAUGCAACUUACAUUCAUUACAGAAACGACAGUCGAAAAUGAUCAACAUCUUUUUCCCCUUUUAAGGAUCAAAACGCAUCAAAGAGACAUAAGACAACUGAAUUUCUAUCUAAACUGCCAAUGAAAAUCCGCCUUGCAUGUACGUGAGAAAAAAAACUGACAAUGACUAUGUGCCACAAGAAGAUGGACCUACUUACUACGAGCCCCCCCUAAUUAUUACGAGGAUGAUCUUGACAUCGUCACAUGUAUUCAUGGAUGUCCACUCACCCAACGACAGUUUAUUUAUUUAUAUCAAUAUCCCUCUAUUUCAAUUUUAUAAUAUGCCACUAAAUUUUAUCUUCUCAUUAUAUCCUUUAUUCGCCUCUCUCUUUCAACAAAAUCUUUCCAGCCCACAAUGAAAAUAACCCAACACUGAGGAACAAUGUUGAUUAAAUUUUAUCCCCUCUCAAAUAUCUUUAAGGUUGUGGCCAUCCAUUGGAUUUCCUCGCCAACACAUAUCCUUAUUCGAAUGAAACUUCCUUGUAUUAAUUAUAUUAAUUUUGCAUAAUAAAAAAGACUGACUCUUCUCUUUUGAAUAUAGGCGGGUAUCUCCACCUGUCCCUUUCAAUGUUGGCUGCUUCAAUUACAGAGCUUUGCGAGGUUAUUAUGAAAUAUUCAAAGAUUAAAAAAUGCCAUGAAUUUAAGACCAUUCUUCUUAAUCGGAUUGCAAAAACAUGAGGUGAAAUAUCAUAUUCUUAAAAUCUUUUUCUCGAGAUGAGUUUUUAACACCUUGGGCGUUCAAAAGCUUAGUUGCUGAAUCACUGUCGUUGUUAUUAUUUGAUAGCAUUAUUGAAACAAGAUUUUCAAAUAAGAAACUGACGGUAGAAUUGGGUCAUAACAAUUUUGAGUUCUUUCUCAUAAAAGGCUAACGACCUCUGUCAUUUGCUCGACUUUAACUUGGCAUAUUGGAAUAGUUGACUUAGCCUGUUUAACUAGAAUUGAGUAAGAAGGUUAAUACAAUGAAGAUUCAUCACACUCAUCUACAGAAGGUUUAGGUGAUUCAACCUAAAAUUAUAUUAUUUGUACCAAGUAACAAAACGGACCACAGUGCAUGCCCCUAUAUAUAGUACCCAUUUCACACCCCUAAAUUGGGAAUUGAACAGCAAAACGGUGACCCAUCAGAAAAUGAGAGAUGAAUAAUUGAUCAGUAAGGGUUAUAUUUACCUACUUUGUUGCACUUAAUCACCAAACUUCCCCUCCAUUUUUAAUGUAAAACCAAUAUCAGAUUAGACUUCUCCUUUUUUAUCUGCAGAUAAGCCAAAUAUUCAUUUGGCCCACUUUUCACCCUCAUAAUUUUUCUUGUUUUUAUUUAUCUAAAAUUUAUUUUCAAAAGAGGGUGUGGGUUGCUUUCAAACAGGAAAUUUAAAUUUGAAAUCUCUGAGGCUUAUUUUUUGGAAGUUACUCGUUCAGCAACUGCUCUCUUUAGCAUCUUUUUGCUGAUUCUGCAGGCAAAAGAUUUUUGAAAUGUAUAUAUCCUCCCUUCUUUUUAUUAAAAAGAGAACAACUUUUUAAGUCCAAACCAAAACUUCAUCAUCAUGAAACUAGAAACUAGCAUUGAACAGUCACCUAAUGUUGGAAAUUCAAGAAGGCGAGAUGAUGGAGACUUUAACUUGAGAGAAUGGUCUCUUAAGGCCAAAAUUAGCAGAGAAAAAACAAAUUCAAGAAGAUUCUCAGCUUCUUAUAUUACAAGUUUUAGAGAUGUAAAAUCCUUUAGAUCAAACAUAUCCAUUUCCAGUACUGCUUCUUCCCCUGGCUACACCUUAAGAGAAGAAAUUGAACCAUCAACUUACUCUUUUACCAAUGCCCUUAAAGCAUUGCAGGCAAAAACAAUAUACAGUUGGGAAUACAUGUCACCAGAUGGAUUGGCUCUAAAUUCCAAGUGGAAUGAAGCUGAGAAAUAUAUCUGCAAUCCUUUAUCAGGGGAAGUUCCUUUGGAAUGUUUAUCUGCAAAAACACUAAGUGCGAGAUCAUUUCGACAAUUAACCAGCAAAAUCACCAUGUCUGCACCUCUAAUUUAUCCUUCUCAAAUUCAGACUCGACAAUUCCCAUCAAAACCUCCUACAAAAGUAGUACCUCAUUUGCCUAAACAUCAACUUGAAAUCCAAAUUCCAAACAAAGAGAAGCGUAGUGUUACUAGAGAUGUGGGAACACAGAGUAGUACUCCAGCUAAUUACUUAAGUUCAAAGAGUCCAAGUCCUGCUCGUACCCCAUCCAUUGAUGAUAGAUCUACAAAACGCUGUGUAGCAGAUGCUGAUGAUUCACCUAUGAGUAUGACAACUCCUGCAUCAAAAUCUGAGGAACAGGUGGAAGUGAAAGAAACAAGACGGAAAGAAGACACAAAAAUAAAUGAGGAUGAGCAGCUGGAAGAGAGAAAUAAUAAUUACAAGGUGAUGCAACAGAGCAGUACUAAUAGCAGCAAGUGCAGGCAAGGGUGUUUAUCAUGGAGGAGUUUAUGUAUGAGACAAAAGCAGCAGAGAGAGAGAAAACAUAGUAAAUCAAUAAAGAAGAAGAAGAACAUCUUUCUUUGCUAUAUAAAUGGAUGCUAAAUAGUAGAACACUAUGUCCUUUGAAAGAUUCUUUCUUUCCCUUAUCUUACUAUCACUUGUCUCUUCUCUAUUUCUCUGUUGUGUUUCUCAGAUACUACAAAAUCUAUGAGAGAAAUGAGGAACAUGAAAGUGCAACCAUGAAUGAAUGCCAGCACUUCAGAAUAGGGUCAUGGUUACUUCCUUUUUUAUUAUUUUAAAGAUUCCUUUUUCCGUUUCUUUUGCCUUCUAGGUAUGUUAUGUACUUAUGUUCUUUUCCUGGUAA